AUGUCGGGACAGGGCGACAGGAACGUAGUGGAGCAACCGGACCUCGAGCGGGAAUCCCAAGCCAAGCCAGAGCCGACGAAACAGCGUACAGUCCAGCAACAAGAGAAGCAAGACAACUACAUUGCACAACAGCGAAGAGCCGAGGGACAGGAAUCGAAUCGAUCCCGAUCUCAAUCACGGCGCGACCGUCGCAAGCGUGUCAAGCAAGGCGUAGAGGAUGGAAAGUACAUGAAGACGAACUCUUUGCCGGCCCUGGAGGAGGCCGACGCCAAUGGCGAGUUGAUGGCGAUGGGCCCAUUCGAGCGGAUAGGACCAGACAGCACGAGUAUGGAUGGACCCGUAACAAUGGCGAGGGCAAUGAGAGGGGAGAUUCCGAUGAGAGGCAGUAAUCCGAAGCAACCAUACUACGCGACGCCGCAGUCGGGUGGAGGAAGCGAGCUCAAGGACACUGAGGGCCUCAAGCUUACACUCGAGGCGAACCUAGAGAUCGAAAUCGAAUUGAAGGCCAGCAUACGAGGUGAUCUGACCUUGUCUCUAUUGUAA